CAAUAGCCGAGAGAGACAUCUAGUGAUUAGACAUCAGUCAGAGUCGAGACAAUCGUAUGAAAGCAUUGAAAGCGUGUUUCACAUCAAGUGUUUGAUUGAAAAUAUAAUAAUACAUUCAAAAUAAAACUUUUUCAAAACCAGUGGUCACUAAUAAAUUAAAAGCCGAUAACCCGAACCACACAACCGAACACAAUGUCAGCCAUUCAUUCGUUGAACCCGAAGGCAGAGGUUGCCCGACAUCAGCAGGCAUUGGCCGUCAACAUCAGCGGUGCCAAAGGUCUACAAGAAGUGUUGAAAACCAAUUUGGGACCAAAAGGCACAAUGAAAAUGUUGGUCAGCGGCGGCGGCGAUAUUAAGAUAACAAAAGACGGAAAUGUUUUGCUACACGAAAUGCAAAUACAACAUCCGACAGCAUCGCUAAUAGCCAAGGCGUCGACCGCACAGAACGAUGAGACCGGUGACGGAACCACUUCGACAGUACUACUUAUCGGCGAACUUCUCAAACAGGCUGAGCUACAUAUCAGUGAUGGAUUACAUCCACGAGUUGUCGCCGAUGGCUAUGAUUUGUCCCGAAAGAAGGCCUUAGAAGUGUUGAACGCCAUCAAAGUUGAACACAAAGAAGUGGAUCGCAGUGUUUUGCUUAACGUCGCCAAGACGUCCAUCCGAACCAAACUGACUCACAAAUUCUCCGAUCAUUUAGCAGAGAUCUGUGUGGACGCCAUACUGGCCAUCAAACAGGACAAAAAACCGCUUGAUUUGUUUAUGAUUGAGAUCCAAGAGAUGCAACACAAGUCUCUUGAAGACACAAGUCUUAUCAAAGGUUUGGUCUUAGAUCACGGCGCCAGACAUCCAGAUAUGAAAAAACACGUAAAGAAUGCUUAUGUUCUUGUAAUGAAUGUAUCGCUUGAAUACGAAAAGACGACAGUCCAUUCGGGAUUCUUCUACAAGACGGCUGAGGAAAGGGAACGACUGGUUGACGCCGAAAGAAAGUUUAUCGACGAUAGAGUGACAAAGAUUAUUGAGCUAAAGAACAAAGUUUGCGGCGACGACAAGGAGAAGAACUUUGUGGUUAUCAAUCAACAGGGAAUUGAUCCGAUUUCGUUGGACAGUCUGGCCCGAGCCGGCAUUGUUGCACUCAGACGAGCCAAACGACGAAAUAUGGAGCGCCUGAGUCUCGCGUGCGGCGGUUUUCCGAUGAACUCAUUGGAUGAGUUGACUGCCGAAUGUCUUGGUUAUGCCGGCCAAGUCUAUGAGCAUACAUUGGGUGAGGAAAGGUAUACGUUUGUCGAGGACCUGAAGAAUCCAUUGUCGGUGACAAUACUGAUUAAGGGACCGAACAAGUAUUCGAUAGUUCAGGUAAAAGACGCCAUUCACGAUGGUCUGAGAGCCAUCAAGAAUGUGUUCGACGACAAGUCUGUCGUUCCCGGCGCCGGUGCAUUCGAGGUCGCUCUUUAUUCGGCACUUAUUGAUUAUAAAAAAGAAGUGAAAGGAAAAGCCCAGUUGGGUGUACAGGCCUUUGCCGACGCCUUACUGGUCAUACCGAAGACAUUGGCCUUCAAUGCCGGCUUUGAUCAACAGGACGUCAUUAUUAAGUUGUUGAACGAAUAUCACGCAACCAGACAGCCGGUCGGCGUUGACCUAAACACUGGCGAAGCAAUCAAUCCGUUGGAUUUGGGUAUUCUCGACAACUAUAAAGUGAAGCGACAGCUCAUCAAUUCGUGUACAACCAUUGCUUGCAAUCUAUUAUUAGUCGAUGAGAUUAUGAGAGCUGGACUCACAUCACUUAAAGGCGACAGAAAUUGAAGUUAAUAUUUAAAAUCAAAGAUUUUUUUUUAAUAAAUUAAUAAAUGGUUUUUAACACACUAUUAAUUAUAAACAAGGCAAUUUUUUGUAAUUUGUUUAAAUAUACUUAUUAUUAAUAUUUUUUAUUUAAUUAAUUAUAAUCAUAUUUACAUUAAAAACACAAAAAAGUACACAAUUUGUGAGCGAUUUGUCAUUUUUUGUUUGUUUUGUUUAAUUUAAAUUUAAUAAUAGAUCCAAAACCUGAAAAAUAAAAAGAGUUAUAACUGAUUGCACCGAUUUGUUGAAAAAA